UCUGCCGGCGCCGGGAGCUUCCGGGGCAGACAUGGCGGACCCUGCCGGGGCGGCGGAGGCGAAGCCUGAAGAAAAGCAAAAAACCAGAAACAAAAAGAAAGCAGCGACAGAUGAGUCUGAACUUCUCACUGUGCCAGAUGGAUGGAAAGAGCCAGCAUUUACAAGAGAAGAUAAUCCCAAAGGGCUGCUUGAAGAAAGCAGUUUUGCGACGCUGUUCCCUAAGUAUAGAGAAGCAUACCUGAAAGAGUGCUGGCCACUUGUCCAGAAAGCCUUGAGUGAGCAUUACGUGAACGCAACGCUGGAUCUAAUUGAAGGAAGCAUGACUGUCACUACCACUAAGAAGACUUUUGAUCCAUAUGUGAUCAUCAGGGCUAGAGAUCUAAUAAAGCUUCUGGCAAGAAGUGUUCCAUUUGAACAGGCUGUUCGUAUCCUGCAGGACGAUGUUGCAUGUGACAUCAUUAAAAUAGGCUCUCUGGUGAGAAAGAGAGAUACUUUUAUAAAAAGAAGAGGACGACUUCUGGGACCAAAAGGAUCCACUCUGAAGGCUCUGGAACUGUUAACAAACUGUUACAUUAUGGUGCAAGGCAACACUGUUUCAGCUCUUGGACCUUUUAGUGGCCUAAAAGAGGUCAGAAAAGUUGUUCUGGACACAAUGAAGAAUAUACAUCCCAUAUAUAACAUUAAGACUUUGAUGAUCAAAAGGGAAUUGUCAAAAGAUCCUGAACUGAGGUCACAGAGUUGGGAAAGGUUUCUGCCUAAGUUCAAGCGGAAGAACUUGAAAAAACGCAAGGAGCCAAAGAAGAAAAAUAUUAAGAAGGAGUACACACCAUUCCCACCUCCACAGCCAGAAAGCCAGAUUGAUAAAGAAUUGGCAAGUGGUGAAUAUUUCUUGAAGGAAAGACAGAAGAAGCAAAAGCGAAUGCAAGAGAUAAAGGCAAAGCAAGCAGAUGCAGUCAAGAAAAGACAAGAAGAAAGAAAUAAAGCUUUUAUCCCACCAAAGGAAAAACCAGUUGAGAAAACAAAGAAAGCCUCCACAGAGAAAAAAAUUGAUGUUGAAGCCAUCAAGGAAAAAGUAAAGAAUGCAAAGAAGAAGAAAUUAGGAGCACUUCAUGUGGAAGAAGUCAAGUUAAAAAUGGCAGCAGAUGAAAAGAAGAAAAAGAAAAAGAAGUAAUUCAUCACCUGAGAUGCUCAGUUUUCUCCCAUGUUAGUGAACAUUUUCACAUUUGGAAGAUUUGAGAUUUCUUGCUGUCGUAUAAUCUGAACAAAAAAACCUAGGUAGAAAGACAGUCUGUUUUCAUAAGUACACUUUAGCUAGUGGAUCUGAAGUACCUGAGCAGAAUUGCCUAGGUUGGUGAAGAAAAUCUGCACUGCUGUGUUUGAGAAAGCAUGAGCGUGUAUCUGGAUAAUAUCCAUCUGCCUUAAGGCAAGGUUUCUAAUAGAAACAUUUAGGAGUUUGACAUAGGAUGUUAAACAUCAGAGUCAGAGAACUUUGUGGGAGUUUAAGGUAAUUCUCGUGGAAAGGACUACCAGCAUGUGUGUAGCCUCAGUUAUGGUGAUAGCUUCUGCAAAACAAGCAAGACUUACGACUGUAUUAGCUUUUUUUUCUGUAAAAGCUGGUAAUUUUUGCGUGUCUUGUCUUGGUGUUAAUAAACUAUUUUAAUAUAUUGUUCUUAAA